AUGGCCGAAAUCCACCUUCGCCGAAAUCGAACCAACGCCUGCAAUUCGGUCAAUGAACACAUGACCCCAGCCAGCGACUUGCAACGGGCGCUGAGUCAAGGUAACCGGGGCGACUUGUACGAUCGUUUAUCGACCUUUGGGGUGACCACAUUUGCUCGUCUGGAAGGCGCUUUGGCGAGUCCAUAUGAGUUGGUGCACUUUAGUCCGAACACGGUAAGUUACUUGCGUGAUUUGAUGCAGACUCGGCAGCGGGUGUGCAAGAGGUUCCGGAGUGUGGCAGACCCGGUAUAUGACACCAUAACAUUUGCGAAUGACAUUUGGGAGGCGGUGAUUGAUACGAAGCCGUUCCAGCGUUUGCGCGGUCUUAAGCAGGUGGGUGUUGCGAGUUAUGUGUAUCCGAGUGCGGUACACACACGUUUCGAACACUGUCUGGGUGUGGGACAUUUAGCCGGCGAGUGGUUCAGUAAGCUGCACAACUCGUGCUAUCCGCGACAGAGCGCCAACGCCUUUGAAUGGGAGUCGGUUAAGACUGCACUUCAGAUCGCUGGACUUUGCCACGACCUUGGUCAUGGCCCAUUCAGCCAUGCCUUUGAAGUGUUUGUACAUAACUAUUAUCCCGCUUGGCAUCAUGAAGACAUGAGUGUCGCGCUCGUGGAGUACUUGUGCGAUACGGGCCCACUGGGACCUCUUGUGGACGACUUGGGUGGUGCAGUCUCCCGCAAAGAUAUCUGUAAUAUGAUCCUCGGGAACCUCCCUGGCGAGACACAGACAGUGGAGGCACAGACAGUGGAGGCACAGACGCCGGAUGCCACGGCCAACUUGGUUCAGCCGGCACAGCUGCCCUGGGCAGAUACGAGUUUCGGGCCUGGCAUGGGGUACCACGCUGCACGGUCAUCAGAGGGCGUAGUGCGCACGUAUGCGGACUCCCUCCUAAACUCGUCCAGCGCCGGCGCCGUUGGGCAGCCGGAAGCCAUGGUGUCAAUGAACGAGUCCGUAUUAAGCCCCUCCCUAGGCACACCCGCCCGUUCCCCCGCCACCAUGUCCUGUACCAAUUACUAUAAGAUCGACGACGACAAGUUCCGAAGAGGCGCAUUCUCCCUCAUCCACAACGCGGACACUGGCUUCGACGUCGACCGCAUGGACUACCUCCGCAGGGAUGUCACCAUCGCCCCCGGACUACCCAGAGUCAAUAUUGGACGGCUCAUGAAUAACAGUACCAUCAGCCAAGAAGGCAAAAUCGUUUUCGAUCUGAAGUGCCAGUCAGACGUCUUCGCGUUCUACAGAACGAGGUUUGACAUGUUCAACAACGUCUAUCUACACAAGAACUGCAUCGCCAUCGAGCUCAUGCUCGUAGAUGUUCUAAAGGUCAUGGAACCGGUCUACAAACUCUCCGAUGCAAUUUUCAAUGUUGAAGAUUUCUUGAACCUCUCGGACGGAGUUCUCCUGGAGGUAAAAAAUACUUGCAUCCGCACACGUGUGUGCUGCGCGCAAUCUCACCUAUUUCAACAACGCACCCGCUGCUUCACGAUUUCACCUCCCCCC